AAUCGCACCUCGACUGGGUACGGGUCGCCACCCUAUCCACUAGUCUCAAGCCUAUUGCACCCCCAUGCCAACAAUCGCCAGCUGAAAGCCAAGUCUUAACAAUGACUUCCGAGCCGGAGUGCCUAUCGUAUUCCAUUCUCUGUCUCCCUCUCUCUUUCGGAAUCUGCUCUCUUGUUGAUGGACUUCUUUCCAGUUUUGGUGUCAGCAAUCCGAUUUUCCCGUUUCAGGCCGGUAUUCCUACUCUCUCAUGUCAUCAAUGGUGGCUCGACAUGAUCGGUAGUCCUACAAAAUUAGUAAUUGGAGUGAAGCCAAAUGUUCAAAGCAUUACUUACUUACGGAUAUGUGUUUAUUGGCUAACAUGAGAUGUUGGAGUAAAUUAAAGUGGUUUGAAGAGUGAAGCUAAACAAGGAGGUCGAAGGCUUUUGGCAUUGAUCGAAUUCCAAGCUCGACUCCACCAAAAACAGUCAGGAAAAGCUCCAUGGGAGUAUUUUCAUCAUCAUACCUUUGGGUUUUCUCCACGUUAUAUCUUGCAUGACAUUGCAUGAAGGGGUUAGAAGUUCCGACUCAGUACCAUCUCAGACAAGCAUGCUAGUAGCAUAAUGUUCAUCACCACUGCCCCAUUACCAAAGAUCUCAAUCACCCACGUUAAUUCUUGCAUGACGUUGCAGGCAGGGGUUAGAAGUUCCGACUCAAUACCAUCUCAGACAAGCAUGCUAGUAGCAUAAUGUUCCUCGCCACCACCUCAUCACCAAAGAUCUCAAUCACCCACAAGACCAUAACCAUACCUUUUGCGUUCUUCUUCAACACUAGCCGGACAACCAUAACCAUAACACAUUCCGUCCAACGAGAACAACCACCAAAACUUGAACCUCAAGAACAGGAAGACAAUUACAACAUUACCAACAACUCACACUGGACCAAAAAGAUUCACAGACUUUGCGCUGAAGAGCACAAUGUUGACGAGGCACUUUGCCUUCUCGACCGUCUCAGCCUCCGCGGAUACCGCCCCGACUCCCUCAACCUCAGCAGCAUAAUUCACGCACUAUGCGACUCCAACCGCUUCGCCGAAGCCCACCACCGACUUCUACUGUCCAUAGCUUCUAACUGCGUCCCCGACGAGCGCACCUGCAAUGUACUUAUUGCCAGGUUACUUGAUUGUCGAACCCCAUAUAUAACAUUGCAUUUUGUUCGCCGUUUGUUUGAUGUUAAGCCUGAAUUUGUACCAUCUUUGGUUAUUUAUAACCGUUUGAUGAAUCAGCUUUGCUUGUUGUCACGACCCAGUGAAGCUCACAGGUUGUUUUUCGAUAUGAAGAGUAGGGGGCAUUGUCCAAAUAUUGUUUCUUAUACUACCUUGAUUAAUGGGUAUUGUAAAAUUGGUGAAGUGGAUAAUGGCCAGAAGGUGUUUGAUGAAAUGGGUGAGAAUGGGGUAGGACCAAACUCGCUGACAUAUAGUGUAUUGAUUCGUGGUGUUCUUCGGAGGCGUGACAUUGAACGUGGGAGGGAAUUGACAUGCAAACUUUGGGAGAAGAUGAGGGAUGAAGAAGACCUGUUCGUGAGAAAUGCAGCUUUUGCGAAUUUUGUUGAUUCUUUGUGUAAAGAAGGGUUUUUUCACGAACUGUUUAGGAUCACGGAAGAUAUGCCUCAAGGGAAGAGUGUGUCUGAGGAAUUCUUUUAUAGUCAGAUGAUUGAUUCACUUUGUAAAGUUGGAAGACAUCAUGGGGCCUCAAGGAUUGUUUACAUAAUGAGGAAAAGAGGGUUUCUUCCUAGUUUAGUAUCAUACAACUCUAUUGUACAUGGGCUUUGCAAGGACGGAGGUUGUGUGAGGGCUUAUCAGCUGUUAGAGGAAGGAAUUCAUUUUGGGUACUUACCAUCUGAGUGUACAUAUAAGAUUAUAGUAGAAGGCCUUUGCAAAGAGUCGGAGCUCCACAAGGCAAGGAAUAUUCUGCAAUAUAUGCUGAAUAAGGAGGGUGUGGACAGAACCAGAAUGUUCAACAUAUAUUUAAGGGCGCUUUGUCUUAUGAAUAACCCAACUGAGCUUUUGAAUGUGCUUGUUUUUAUGCUUCAGAACCAGUGUCAGCCUGAUGUAGUAACCUUGAACACAGCUAUAAAUGGGUUGUGCAAGAUGGGGAGGAUUGAAGAGGCUUUGAAGGUAUUGAAUGAUAUGAUAAUUGGCAAAUUUUGUGCUCCGGAUUCUGUGACCUUCACUACUGUCAUAUGCGGUUUAUUAAACGUUGGAAGAACCCAGGAGGCAUUUAAUUUUUUGCAUCACAUAAUGCCGGAACAUGGUGUUAGGCCUGGUGUUGUGACAUAUAAUGCAGUUCUUCGAGGCUUGUUCAAACUUCAGAAAGCAAAUGAAGCAAUGGGGAUUUUUAAUGGCAUGAUGAGUGAUGGUGUCACUGCAGACUGUACUACCUACACUGUAAUAAUUGAUGGAUUAUGUGAGACUGGACAAAUAGAAGAGGCUCAGAGGUUCUGGGAUGAUGUAAUAUGGCCUUCAAAGAUUCAUGAUAAUUUUGUUUACGCAGCCCUUAUCAAAGGGCUUUGCCGCUCAGGCAAAUUGAAUGAAGCUUGUCAUUUCUUAUAUGAACUAGUAGAUUCUGGGGUUGCUCCAAACAUUUUCAACUACAAUAUUUUGAUUGACAGUGCAUGCAAGUUAGGCUUAAGGAGAGAAGCUUAUCAGACUGUUGGAGAGAUGAGAAGGAAUGGGCUGGCCCCAGAUGCUGUAACCUGGAGGAUUCUUGACAAAUUACAUGGUAAUGUGGGAUGGCAAUUCUCUGUUGAGGAUGCAACUCUGCAGUCCAGAGGUGGGCCACAGGAUAUAGACACGGGAGAAGAACUUAGAUUGUGAAGCAAAUCCGACUUGGAUUCAAGUAGCUACAAGAAGACAGAAACUAUAUGAUCCUGUUAAGGGGAUCCAUAUAUCCAUGAAGAUGACUCUUUUAACCUUGUGACAGAGAGAAACUUCUUGACGUAUUAAAGCAUCUUCUGAAGCGGUUAAGAAGAUGCAAAAGUGACAGAGCUUACCCCAAGACAGAAGAUCAUGCAAAGUUGAGACGCCUAAUCGGGCAGGAAUCUGCUCUCUUGUUGAUGGACUUAUUUUGCGUUUUGGUGUCAGCAAUCCGAUUUUCCCGUUUCAUUUUCACUCAUACUACUACCGAUCAUGUCGAGCCACCAUUGAUGACAUGGGAGAGUAGGGGUACAAAAUUAGUAUUUCAGGAUUCUGCUCUCUUGUUGAUGGACCUUCUUUCUAGUUUUGACAAACAAUAUUUUUUAUUCAUGUUAAAUUUGGUUUUUAUUAACUUGCAAGUAUAUUAUGACAAGUUAACAGAAUUUAUGCUAAAAAUAGACAUUCAAAUA